GAGCAGUACUAGAGAACUAUACGAAAUGUCAAUAAGAAAUUCAUUUUUUUACAAUAAUUUUCUCUUGAAAUCGAGAGCUGAUUGAAAUCCUUUAUUUACUAAAUUUUUAAUUAGAUUGUUUCGUGGUCGCAUUCUUCAAUGCGACAACAUGUUCAAAACACAACAUUGAAUCGGUCAAAAGGGAAAAUUAAUCGUUUCCUGUUUGAAAGUGAUUCGUCCGUCACAAAUUAAUUAAAUUUUAAUUGAUUAUGGAAGUAAAUAAAGACGAAGCGGAACGUUGCAUACAAAUAGCAAUUGACGCAUUGAAAAGUGGUCAUGUUGAGCGGAGUGAGAAAUUUUUACGCAAAGCCGAAAAUUUAUAUCCCACACAACGGGCGAAGGAUUUACUAAGCCAACUGCAUAACACCAAAAAUUCAACGACGGAUUCUAAUGCCAGAAAUCGUAGGCCCAAUGUGAAAACAACAAAAGACGUACCGUCCGAACCAUCUGACUAUACGCAAGCCCAGGUUGAUAUGGUCAGUCGCAUAAAACGCUGCAAAGACUACUACGAAGUGUUGAACGUUACCAAAGAGUCCACCGAUUCAGAAAUCAAAAAGUCGUACAAGAAGCUCGCGCUUCAACUGCAUCCGGACAAAAAUCAUGCUCCCGGUGCGGUCGAGGCAUUCAAAUCGGUUGGCAAUGCUGUGGCUGUAUUGACCGAUGCAGAGAAGCGAAAAUCGUACGAUUUAUAUGGCUCUGAAGGUCGAACGAAUCGAAGUCAGACCUACUACCAUCAUCAGAAUCAUGAAUACGAACACGCCUAUGACAGGGGCGGUAGUUUUGAAUCAGAUUUCACGGCAGAAGAAGUGUUUAACAUGUUUUUCGGUGGUGGUUUUCCACAACAGCGGAUGCAUACACAGAAUCGUCGCUAUCAGCAACAUCAUAGGGAGUCGGUGCAACAGCCAAGUCUUGCGUUCGGAUUGAUUUUGGUGUUGAUCGUAGUGUCCAUGCUAUCGUCCUUCUUCACAUCGGAUCCCGUUUACAGUCUCUCCCAGUCAUCACGCUAUCCGAUACGUCGCAAUACAAUCCACUUAAACAUUCCAUAUUUCGUCAAGGAUAAAUUCGAAAACGAAUACCAGGGUUCGUUGGCUCGGCUGGAAAAUUCGGUGGAAGAGGAAUAUAUAGCGACCAUGAAGCAAGCAUGUUAUCGUGAACGCAGCUAUCGUGAGGUAAUGAUGGCGAAGGCUAGAAGUUUCGGCAGUAAGUCGCAUUUGGAGCAGGCACAAAGUAUGAAAAUGCCAUCGUGUGAAAAUUUGGCUAGAAUCGGUUUGACGAAAUACAUGCCGUAUUAGCCAGUCCGAUUGGUCGCCGUCUCUUAGCGUAUAUUGUUGUUGUUGUUAAUGUAAUUUUUCGUUUUGUUUUGUUUUUUAAUUAUUUCUUACUAAUGCGAGUCCGUUUAUUGUUUACUCUUUCUGUGUACACACGAUACUUAUUAUUAGACCCAAUUGAAGUAUUAUUCUCUUCAUAAAAUAUUUCACUGACAAUUUUCAAAUCGGAAUUAUGUGCUGACUGCUUGUUGCAAUGGAUACAGCGGUCGGAUAUUAUUGCUAUCAAUAAAACAUAGACUCGAAAAACAGAUAAAAA